AUGGGGGAUGCCUCGGAAACAUGGUUGCCAGAUGACGAGGAGUUCCACCUCGAGGAGGGCCCGGAGGGGAGCGCCUCCUGGAUCGCCUUCCUGCGGGACGAUGUCAAAGUCCAAUGCGCCGUUUGGCUGUGCGCAUCUGCGGCGGCGGCAAGGCACGCAGCGGCGCCUUGCUGCAGGGGUUUGCUCGAGCUGGCCUUGGGCAUGUCCUCCAAAAUCCCCAGCGUCUUUGGCUGGGCUGUUGCCAGCUUGCUCUCGCUCGCAUGGCUUCUGCUGGACCUGCAAAUGGUCUUCACGUCAGAGCAGAGAGCGAUGCUGUUCCCUCCCUGGAGCAUCCUCGUGUUUGUGAAGCAGCCGGUGGCUGUCGGGUCAGUUGUGAUUUUCUUGGGCUACGAUGGCCGAAGCUAUGUGCGACGUGUUCAGGCCAUCGAUGAGACUGUCGCUCCCAGCAGGCUUCAGACCGUCGGAGACCUCGCUGGCGCGCCCAGCGACAAGCCCCUCUACAGUGCCGAUGGGAGUGCAGACUGGCUGGAGGCCCAGGCGAUCAAGGGCACGCUCCUUGCAGGACCAUUCCCGAUCUCGAGCGUCCUGUCUGUGGCAUUCGUCCUGACAGUUCUCAGCCCUCCCAUGGCUUUCGCGUUCUUCGUCACCAGCCAGCCCUUGGUAACGCUCUGGUUCCUGUUGCUUGCCAGCAUCGGCAUGAGCUUCCUGUUUGGUGUCAGCUUCAUGCACGAUUCCCUGGGUCUUCACCAGAUAGAGAAUCCCAGCGAGAGCGAUGUGGCAGUCUCUCUGCAUGUGUACUCGCCACCCUUCCAGGAGUGCCGUAUAUUCCCUCCCACUGGUGCGCCGCCAAAGACAGCACCAAUGGUCAGCGUCUUCGUUCCUGAGGGAUUGCAGAAGGCCGCUGAGGAAUCCAAGAGUCUCAGCCUGCAAGACUUCUGCAGCAAGCUCAGUGACCUCCGAGCCGAGGAGGGCGAUGGCAAAACUCAUCUGCAUCCCGUGCUGGAUCUGCUGGUGUCUGCAGAGAUGACGGACAUGGAAUGGGCUUCCUACGCAAGUCCCAUGCACUUCAGCGAGUUUCAACCCGUCCAGCACAUCAUCCACUGUGACGAUGAGUUUUCCGUUGUCAUUUCCUGCUGGAGCCCCGGCCAGAAGAUCCCUCCGCACACUGUGGGGCGAGGGCGUGUGAUGUGGCUGAAAGUCCUUCAUGGGAAUCUCCUCUUUCAGGAGUACUCCCCUGGCCUCUUCCCGUGGGAAAGUGAUGUCGAGCGCCAAACGGAGCUCGGCGAGGGCUCCGCCAGCUUUCUGGAGGAGUGUGGUGUGCGCAUGCACGAUGUCAAGAAUCUCAGCGAGACUGAGCCAGCAGUUUCGAUUCAAGUUUUCUCUCCUCCUCUCACGUCGUUUACUUUUCAUUCGGAGAAGGGCACGGAGAGACGCGACCUUCCCUGGCUCGUUGGGCAGGCAGAUGCCACAAAAGGAUCGGAAGCAUUCUCCAGCUCGCGAGCCGUUCGCACUGCGGGACGAUGGUUCUUGUCCUUCCGGGGGCUGCAGAGCCUUCUGAAUGAAGAGUUCUCUCGCCCGGAAGUCGCGCCAAGUGUCAUCUCGACUCUGCUCUCCAAGGCGGUUUUCAACCCGCAAGAGUGGCGAGAUCGGCUGUCCCUCACUGCUAUGCCAGGCGGGUCAUCCCAAGCAGGCAGUGCCUGGCCAAAGCAUAUCCUAGUCGCGCAGGAGAAGAAGUACAGCAUCAUCCUCUCGUUUUGGGGGAACAGCCCAGAGCGCUCCGUUGCCAUUGAGGGUGGCACCGGCAUGAGCUGGACGCUCGUUCUCGAAGGCGAACUGGAGGAGCGAGCAGUGAACAUAGGUGCGGAAGGGCCGCAAGUCGUUCGAUCCAGUGUGCUCAAGGAGGAAAGCUGCUCAUUUCUGAGCCGGGAAGAGACUUCAGGUGCCGCCGGUGCUGACAUCAUUGAGCACAGCCACUCCUCCGAGACGCCUUGCGUCUCGCUGCACGUCUACCAUCCUCCGCUGCCGGAGGCAGGGAGCGAGAAGAAAGGAGUCCGGAAAGCUAUCAAUGCAGUCGCAGCUGGCGGGGAACGACCGGGGACGCCUGGUGCCUUUCAAGCUUCUCAAUUCUUCCGCGGCCUGGCACCAGCGAUGCAGCAGAAGGCCUGCUUCGUUGGAUGCUUCUGCUCGGGCUUCAUAACGGGCUCAGCUGCAGCUCUGCCUGAGUAUCGGAAAGUUCUUCAAAGUCAGCGAGUUCGUGCGCAGGGGACUUCGACCGUUCUAGCGGUGAUGAGGUCAGCAGGCCUCCGUAACGCCAUCUUCGACUCCAUCUUCUUUGGUGCCCAACACAUGCUGAGUUCACAUUUGUCCAGUGGACCAAGCUACGCAUGUGCUGCCGCUCUUGCCGUAACCUUAGAUUACUCGGUAGACGUCGUCGUGAAGCGUAUGAUGGUUGUUCCACCACAGCAGGCUCUACGUUUGAGUGCCAAAGCCGUAGAGUUCUCUGUCAGUUAUUUCAUUACAGGAACUGUUGGGGUGAGUGUUGCUGCAUCCCUUCAGCAGCUCUACGUGCUCGCCCAGGAAGUGGGAUAUGUUAAGACAGAAAGGGAACUUCCCGUGGCUGCGUCAAAAGCCAUGUCGUAUGCCAUCGGUGGGGCGACCUCCCGUGCCGAGGCGGCGGGCGGCCGCAGGCUGAACCGCCACACACUCAAGGCGACGGGAAGUGCUGGUGGCUCCACGCCUCUUUCCCUUGGCACGGCCAAAGCCAAGGCGAAGGUGCAAGCACCUGCGAAGGAGGAAGAGGAUUCAGGAAGCUGGGUCCUUCCAAGCGUGGACAAGGACAUCUCAGAGUACUACACUGGUCGGGCUCCUUGCUAUGCAUGGGUUCAGACCAGUGAAACGCUUUAUCUCUUCACUCCUCUUCGGAAUCCUCAGGAGGCAACUACCGAUGAGGAGAAAGAGCCAGCCAAUGUGCAACUGGACCUGACAAACGAAGGAAAGACCCUCAGGCUUAUGGUGGAGGGGAAUGCGAUCUUGGACGGGAGUCUGGCCCAUGCGAUCAAGCCGGGAGAUGAAAUCUGGAUGAUUGAGGAAGCGCCCGACGGCCGGGACUUCGUGGUGGUCGAACUCGACAAGCUGGUUCCGGGCAUCAAUUGGUCUUCCGUCCUGGAGCCGCAGGUAGACGUCCUGGGGCCGUACUCGCAUCCAGUUGUGAAGAUGCCGGACAUCCUGACAGAAGAGGAGGAGAGUCUCGUUGCCGAGACCUUGCAGCACCUGCGGCGGACGAAGAGAACACUUCAGCCGGUGGAAGGCCGUGCGGCCGCUCGUGGAGAUGUUAUAUCCGUUGACAUGCAGGGCUACGAGAUGAAGGAGGAUGGUUCCCGGGGCAAUGAGUUGGACGUCGGAUCAGCGAAGGGCCUGGAGCUGGAGCUGGGAGCGAGCACCUUCUCCGCCGAGGUGGAGCGGAGUCUCGAAGGCAUUGCCAUGGGGGAAACGCGCGACGUGCAGGUUACCCUCGGCCAGCGUGCAGGUGGCAUGGGAGGGCAGCAGAUAAUUUGCGCCGUGACAUGCCAAGGCAUCCAGGAGCAGCUGCUUCCGGAGCUUAAUGACGAGUUUGCCAAGGAGAUCAAGCGUGAGGAGCAGUUCAAGCAGGCUGGCACCAUGGAGGGCAUUCCCGAAGAGGAAGAAGGCGUUGCGAAGAACUUCUCGAUUGCCGAUCUGCGGGCAGAGAUUGGGCGAGAGGUCAGACAGGUUGCCCAGACACAGUCCAACGACGUUGUCGACACACAGCUGCGGGCACACCUGCGCCAAACAGUGCAGGUCACGUGCCACUGGGCAGACUUGGGGUCUCAGGAAGCCACUGCAGAGGAGGAGCUCGCAGUUGCAGCUCGCUUCGUCGCUGAGAAGGAGGGGCUCAUGCAGAAGAUCGACAUGGAUGAUGUGGAGCGGAAAACGUGGAGCAAGUUGGGAGAGCCUGACGAGGGAGAGACCCUCAAGCAAGUUGGCAAAGAUCCACCACGAGAAUACCAGGACGCAAACCGAGAGAUUCUCCGUGGCCGUAUUCGGGAUGAGGUUCUGUCUUGGCUCCGGUACCAGAUGGAGGUCGUUGAAGCUGGAGAAAGUUAG